UCAGAACGCGCUAAUAAAAAUGCUAGCGUGUUGUUAUCCAAUAGAAGAAUCUGCAUUAUCAAAAACAGAUUUUUCUAUUGGAUAACAAGGCGCUACCAUUUUUGUUAGCGCGUUCUGAAUACGGGCCAUUAUUUAUAAUCUUCGAGAUUUAAACAUACCGCUGACCGUUACGUAGCACACGCAUUGAGGUUAGAGUUCCGUAGGUCCAUGGAGGCUUCCUGACGCCUCCGCCUGGGAACCCAGUUUGAAUCAAGAAGAAUUGAUAACAACACUCAACCCAAUAGACGCUUUGAUAACGUGGUAUUUUGUCUCGGAAGAGACAGUAAUCCACAGUCAUCCAUUGAGUAUAAGAGGAAGAAGAAGAAGGUUAGAGUUUAUUCCUUUUGCAGCUGCACUGUGUUAUGCACUAUACAUUAAAAAUGAAACAGAUGUAAUUGUAAGGUGUUAGAGAAAAAGAACAAAAAGUAUAAAGUACGAAAAAUUAAAUCGCAAAAAACAAGUCUUUGAUUGGUAACCGAGAUAGGGCUAAACACAUAAGCGGACGGCUUACGGUCACGGUAUAACACGUGCUGCAAUGUGCAUAAAGAACAUAAUUUCCGUGUGAACUCCACGUAUUAAUUAUGUAAAUGUUUAAUUGCAAAGUGUCUCGUUUUUCUAAAUCUUUCGUCGAACGGAUAGCUGAAGCGCUGCGAUAAUCGCUUUGGUAGUAUUCGAGGUUAAUUGUUGACUGACGAAAGGACUGACCAAACUGACCGACCGACUGACGUUGCUAAAUGUAACAAAACUAAUCUGAACUAAUAACGACAACCCAAUAACGACAAAUAAAUCUAGGAUACGUCAAAGAAGAGAAAGAAAGAAGAGAGAAAGUCAGUGAUCAUUCCAAAAUAGGAAUAUUUCAGUGUGAGCAUGGCUUCUAACAAUUCGAACUCUUUGAAUUCGAACGAUGCUCUUCACAUGAACGUUCGAGUGAAGGUGGAACCUGGCACGUCGGUGUCACCAAUCCCAUCGACGUCGUCGUCUUUGCCAUCGAUGCCGUUUUCGGAGAGAGUGAGCAUAAAAACAGAGCCAGGCUUACCCAUCACCACCACCACGCAGAGGCUGGUCUCCUACCGGUUACCACGAGAUCUGACACUAGGUGGAAAUAUGGUGAAACCUAAGCUGGAAAAACCAAAGAAAGUUUACAUGCCAAAUCUUAACGUGCAAAGGAACAAAAAGAAGGAUGAUCCAACAAUCUCGGUCAAAGCUGAGCCGACAAGACUGAGACAAAAUGAUCGUGGAAAGGAACGAGCAAGAGGAGACAGGGGACGUGGAAAACGAGACGAAGGAAAUAUAAUAGAGUCUGUUGGUGUAUGGUCAGAAGGAGUAUACACAUCACCUACUGUUAGAAAAAAGUACGAGAAAGCUUCCAGUAGCACAGCAAGAUAUUCGACUAAACCAAAAUUAAAGAAGAGUGCUAGGCUAGAAGAAAAAAAAUUAAAUAAUUUAACAUCAGAUGAUCUUAGUGAUGACUGUCUAGAUGAUGAAAGAAUGUGUCCCCUCACGUUGCCACGAGUUAAAAAGGAGGUGAAUAAUAUGAUCGAUAACGAUAAGAUCGAUAAGAAACUGAUCAUGGAAAGUAUAGUUGAAAAGGAAAGAAAGCAACACAUACAGGAAGAAUUCAGCAUUUCUCAAAUAAUCGAAAAUAAGGCUAUUAAUUCUUAUACAUUAAUACAGUUUCCAAGUUCUUUCCCAGCUCUGAGAUCUAGUAGGGAGGAAGUAGGAUCAAAACAAUCAAAUAAUUCUAACACUCAUGAGGGUGACAAUAAAGCAAAGCCUGAGCGUUGCACUUUGAAUAAUUUGAAAAGUGGUCUCUUAGGAAAACUAGAGAUUUUAAAGUCUGGUAAAGCGAGAUUACGUCUUGGCGAAAUAAAUUUUUUUGUCGAUAUUGGCGUGCAGCAACGUUUCCAACAAGAUCUUUUAGCUGUAAAAAUAGAUGCUACAUCACAAACCGGUGAUCUUAUUAAUCUUGGUCCUGUGAAUAAUAAGUUAGUUUGUUCAGCAGACUUUGAAUCAAUAUUAAAAGAUUUGUAAGAUUCUGUAAAUGUAUAUUAUCUUUAAUAAAGUGUUUGUAUAAAGGGA